UAGCUUCUGGCUAAGAAUUAGCCGGCUAGCGGAGUUAGCGAUUGGGUUGCAUUUAUCAUGGUUGUUCUGUAGUACAAUGCUCACAAUGUUGGCUCGUUUAGCUUGCCAGGUUGGCGUCAUAGUUAUAGACCAGUAGGGUUAGUGGAGCUGGUACGUCGACCCUGGCUGUUAUGUUGCUUCAUCUGAAAAUUUGAAAAAUACUCCUGAAACAUUUGUGGACGCAGCAAUGUCUGAUGAAAGUGCAAACCAAACUGACCUAAGAAAACAGCAACUCGGCUACAAGACUGUUCUUGUUACCGGGGGAGCUGGUUUCAUCGGGUCUCAUCUGAUCAUCCUUUUGGCUGUGAAGUAUCCACUGUGGAGAAUCAUCAAUGUUGACUCAUUGGACUACUGCUCAAGUUUAAAGAACCUCAAAUGUCUUGAGAACACAUGUACUUACAAAUUCAUUCAGGGAGAUAUUUGCAAUCAGUACUUUAUCAAUCAUCUGUUUUCUACUGAAAAUAUUAACAUUGUUUUCCACGGUGCUGCUCUUUCUCAUGUUGAGAACUCCUUUCUGUAUCCAUCCCAGUUCAUGUAUGUGAAUGCAGAGGGCACAAGCUUUUUGCUCCAAGCUGCAUUUGCAGCUAGAGUGGAGAAAUUCAUAUACAUGAGCACUGAUGAAGUGUAUGGAGACAGUCUGGAGAAGGACUUUGAUGAAUUAUGUCCAAAAAGGCCAACCAAUCCUUAUUCCAAAUCAAAAGCUGUUGCUGAAAAUAUAGUGAUGUCAUACUGGGAAAACCACAAGUUCCCAGUAAUAAUAACGAGGAGCAAUAAUGUUUAUGGACCACGGCAAUAUUAUGAGAAGGUUAUUCCAAGAUUUAUAGGACUUCUACAACAGGACCAAAAAUGCACCAUUCAGGGAACAGGCCUCCAAUCCCGUCACUUUCUUUAUGUCGAUGAUGCUGCAGAGGCGUUCUUGAUGCUCAUGGAGAGGGGCAUCAUGGGAGAGAUUUACAAUAUUGGGGCUACCUUUGAGAUACCCGUCAUCCAGCUGGCUAGAGAGCUGGUGAAAAUGGUGAAGAACACAUCUAACAUUGAGUUGGAUGAUUGGCUACUAUUUGUUGAGGACAGACCUGUCAGCGACCUGAGAUACCCUUUGAACUCAGACAAGAUGCACAAGCUUGGCUGGAAGCCAAAGGUCCCCUGGAAGGAGGGAAUCAGAAAAACAAUUAAGUGGUAUGAAGAGAACACAUGCUACUGGCCGGUGCGCACAGCUACAAACCGAAACCCAUCUUGUGCUUCGUGAUGCAACGACACAUUCCCAAGAAGGGCCAGUACAUUCAGAAGAGAAACUUCCAGCCUAAUCGCAGCUGUGAAUAUCAUGGACAAGCUUCUUUCUUUUGCCCUCCUGUGUUGUUCGGUGAGACUGAAUGGAAACCAUCCAUACAGAACCAGUCGAGAAAGAUGCAGAAAGGCAUGCGGUACUCAAGAUGUUUGACACUUUAAGCAGCAGCAUCAUCAUCAUCCAAGUAAUGAUGUCGCUAAAAUGUAAAUUUGCUGCCAGUAAGAUGAGGCUUACAGAAUAUUCUUCAGAUUCUACCAAAUACUCCUUAAUUGUGUAGAAUAAGGGUGACCAAAAAAGUUUUCUAUUGCCAACAAAUGUAGCGCGUGCUUUUCACAUGGUAGGAUUGGGGGCUAAAGAAAGAAGGAAUUGUAGUAGUGCCUGAUAGGUUAUGGUGGAGCAGGAUGCUUCGCGUCUGUACUGUAGAUGUCUGUACUUCAUAAAGGUGUACUAAUCAUAGAUACAAAUCAAUUCCUUGAGGAAUGGUAAUUAUAAAAUGGGGUAACAAUUUGCUAUAUUUUUAAUAUCCUUCAUUUAAUGUAGGUGGAAUGAAAAAAAAAUUGUGCCAACUGUAAAGAAAUAUUUUGAUGUUUUGACUUGUUUUGAUCUUUUAAAAGCUGUUACCAAGGUGUGUCAUGCCUGUAAGUUAAAUGGUUUUAAGGUUGCCACCUGAUUAGGCCUUUUAUCAAAUUUAAAAUGAUACAUGUCUAAGUACCUGAGUACAACUGUUAUUAAAGCUCUGUAUACUAAAUGACACGGAAUUUUGAGAACUAAAUUAAAAGGUUUUCAAUAAA